AGCUACGAGAGUAGGAGUAUCGAGAAUUGGUGUAGAGAGUUUAAUAGUGUAUUUGCGGCAAUUAAAAUCAUAAUAUCGACAAAAUACAAUCAAUUUUAUAUUAAUUAUUCACAACAUAUCUUAUUUGACGAAUAAUUUCAUGUAUAGACGACAAAGAAAAUCGCUUUAGUUUGGGCUUAUUUCCCCUCCUCUAUCUCUGUCUUUUAUCUUAUUCUCCCCUAAUACAGUCUUUGUCACACUCUUGUUCCCCCACUUUCUUUGCUUCCCCUCUUUUCCCCACUCUCGAGUGUUCGCCUGACGACGCUGCUCUCUCGGGUAUUUCGCCGGAAACCAACGCCGCGUGAGGACGCACGCAUCUUUCAGUCUGGUCGUGGUUCUCUUUUUACGCGCCUAUAUUACACGUUCGCGACAUUUGCAUACUUAAAAAUACGUAUCUUCACGCACAUACCUAAUCAAUAAUGAGUACCAAGGAAAAUAACGAGGUAGCCGUCGAAAAGGCAACAGAAAACGACAAGGCGUCCGGGGACGCGAAGUGUGAACUCAAAGGAAUCAAGAGGGCGGGCGAGGAAAAAGCUGACGAAGUUAAAAAACAAAAAAAAGAAGAAAAUGGUGACGGAAAUGAUGAAGGAGAUGAAUUUGAUGGUGAGGGUGAGGAAGAAGAUGAUGAAGACCUUCAGGGUGAUGACGAUGUAGAUGAAGAUGAAGGUGAAGACGAUGUUGAAGGAGAAGAGGACGGUGACGAACAUGAAGAUGAUGAGGAUGAAGAAGAUGAUGUUGACGAUGAGAAUGAAGAUGAUGACGCAUAAUGAAAAAAAAAUGAACAAAUUGCUAUGUAAGUAAGAAGGAGGUAGACAGAUAGCGCCAUCCUCGAUCACCGGCAAUCAUCUCAGCAAACAUUUACUCUCAUAUUGAGCGGUUGAUAGCAAAGUUGACGCCUAUCAUGCCCAGUCCAUUUGUCGGAUCCUCCUGAUCUUCAACUAAAGGAAAAAAAAAAUAAAAUAAAUUGAUACAACUCCGCCAGAGUUGUGUUGGGCUGAUAUUCGUCAGUGGCAAACGCAACAGGACGAUCUUGGCUCUUUGCAACUCUGGUUCUUCUAACCAUCAACCAAAUACUAUUCUGAAAGCGGUUGGGACGGAGAAACAAUAAAUUCGCUCAAAAAAUACAAAUAAAUAACUCCUAUAAUAUUGGAGUUUUAAUAAAAAAUUAAUGAAUUAUUAUACACAUAUUGAUGAUAAUCACAGCGAAUGUAUCGUUUGUUCUGAGCAACCUAUCAACUGGUAUUUGUCACCAUCUGGCUUUCUUCGCGGGGACAGUUUUAUAACGAAAACUUAUUUAAGAAAUGAAAAAAGCUCUAUUGUAUUUAAAUAGUGUAAAAUGAACAUUUGUGGGUGAUGAUUUUUUUACAUUUAAAAUCAAAUUACGUUUGUAGGUCGACGAAUGUCUUACAUAGUGCGCGUGAAUGAGUUUUAAUUUCAGACCGAUGAUGUGUAAUAGUGUAGCAAGGAUGUGAGUCUGAUGAACCUUUUUUUUCUUUAUAUGAAAAUAAAGAUGAUAGGGCGCGAUGCGCAAUACGUAAACGAAAUAAUCAUAAAUCAUGAAGUUGAAACAAUAUUACUUAAUUGUUCGAUGUAUAGUGGACAAUUUUGUGACUAAUUUUUUUCUUUGUUUCAUGCCUUGCGUUAUUAUACCAACACCCGUUACGAUUAUUGCAAUGUUGUUCGCGCCAGAGAAUGAAUGAAAUAUGUGUGGCUCACAUUGCAUAAUAAUUAUACAUAGUAUGUAUAAAGUUAUCAACUAAGAAACAUUUUAUUAUUAACGAUAUUAUGUAACAUGAAAAAGAUUCUUAUUAAUCAGACCUGGUUAAGGAGUUGGAGUGUAUUACGGCAUUUAAACUCUACUCUUCCGUGAAUUAUAUUGAAAUAUUUAGAUUAAUUUUCAACCAAGAAAUUUUUUUUACUCGGAAAUGCAAUUUAUUUUUUCCUUAUUUCUCCUUUAUUGUCAACUCACUGUAAGAUUUACAAUAAAUGAUCAUUUAUGUAUAAUAAUUGCAAUGCUGGACGAAUGAAACUGUAUAAAAAAUUGGAUGGAAAAAAAAAUACAAAAAAAUAUAUAUACGACGCGCGAUCAUGAAAGAAUUUUACAAGUUUUCUCCCAAUUCAUAAGUUUUUAAUUGGAUUACUUAAACUUAAUUGUACUAAUAAGAAAAUAACUGAUUUAAAUAACAAUUAUAUGUGGGUAAGACACUUCCAAGUUCGUUAUUAUGAACUUUUGAUGCAAAUAUUCGUUGACUGGUGCAAAAUGUGUAACAGUAUUUAUCUUCUAUUCGUGAUUCACUUGUGAAAGAAAAAAAAUUAUCAUCUAAUCGUUCUAUAGUCCCAUAACAGUUGGAUGGAUUUUGUACAAGUUAAGAUAAUGCAGCCACUAUUUACUGAAACGUUAAAUAAAUGCCUCCACUCUAAUAUAUCGAAUAUGCGUAACGGUUUUAGUGGCUGGUAAUGUCUUCUUAUUCUAUAUGAGUCAGAGUUUAAUAGACUAGUUCAAACAAGAAGACAUUGGUUCUAAUAAUCUUGUACCAUAUAGCUGCGUGAAGAAAAAAACGCCAAUUUGAAUACGAAACGGUGUUCCACGUUUUAAUGUACAAAUAUUUUCGAAGGAGGGUAGUUAAAUAAGAUGCUGAUAGAUUAAAGUAAUGGGAAGAAAUACGUGGCUCAUUGCCACAAGUAGUCAUGGGUUUAAGAGAUAAAAAAAAUUAGAUAUGGGAUUAAAUAGUCAUUUUUGUUAAUUGAGAAUCUUGAAAAUUUUUCUAAAAAUUGAAUUGAUAUUGACACCCUCGAUACUCGUUGAAUAAUUCUCUCUGGUAUCUAUAAAAAGUUGAUAGUGAUUUUAUGAAAAAAUGAACGGGAGGUUAAAAUCAGAUACCUCAUUAAUAAUAGAAAUAAAGACCGUGGAUUUUUUGUAUUAAAUUUCGGCAGCCGAUUUCUACCUGUAUAAAUUAUACCAUCAUUAUAAUUUUUAUUUCCAUUGUUACUGAUAUGGUUAUUAAAUUAAUUGCUGCUGGUGUUUUGUCCACGUGUCUGCUUGACUAUAAAAUGUCCUGAUAAUGUUUAGUGGUGAAAUAUCGCCUUAAACAUAAUACAGGUGCCUGGAUAAGAUGAAUAAAUUGCAUCUGUAAUAUUACUUACAUAAAUGUUUAUUUGUAAACAUAGGUUCUACAAAUUUAUUUGGAGAAAUUGAAAAAAAAUUGCCUUCUAUCACUUUUUUGAAAUUAAUCGAGCUAUUUCAAAAAACAGAUGUACAGUGCAAAAGCUUAUUUCUUCAAUUAAAUAUCAAUGAAUCUUAUUACACAUAAUUUCGUUAAUUAUUCAAAACAAUUAAUUUUUUCUUAUGUUAAGUUAAAUAAAACGAACUCAUUUUUCAUAAAGUACCUAAAAACUGAAGUCGAGAAUUAAAAAGAAAACCUAAGCUAAGAUUUUUUUGGUUUGUGUGUUCAUGAAUCUUGUUCAAAUAAUUUUGUACAGGAUUUUAUCGCCUCAUCUCGCUCGACAAAUAAUAUAUAUUACAAGAGUCCAUAUACCACAGAUUACAUUUCUGCUCAUUCCAUCAGAUUUGCAACAUUAAUUGUAUUUUUGAGUAAAUACAUUUUGAAAAACAAAA